AUCCAGCAAUCUCAUCCAGAACAGCUGUCAGUUGUUAACGAACAGGUGCUGAACUCUUCGGACAGAUCAGUGACUGCAGCUGUAUGUCUGCGCCGGCUUCCUCUGCUACGGCUUCUGAAAGCUCCACAUACAGCACUAAAGAGUGUCCUCUGGGCAUCGAGAAUGUGUCCCUAAUGCAGCUCAUCGAAGGGGGCCGUGGGUCUGAGGUAGUGGAGGCAGUCAGACACUUCAAUCUGGAGGGCCACGCUGUCCGUCCGAACCCCGGCCUCUUCGCUCUGGCCGUCUGCUCCGCUGCAGCAGACUGCAAAACCAGACAGGCCGCUUUACGGGCGCUGAAGGAACUGUGGCGGUCGCCCAUGCAGCUCUUCACAUUCGUGCAGUAUAAGAAAGAGUUGAAAGAGGGCUCUGGGAUGUGGGGCCGGGCUCUGCGGAGAGCCGUGACUGAUGUACAACGGCCAGGAUGGAUGAGUCUGGCGCAAGCGGUGACCAAGUGCAAGCACAGGGCAGGCUGGUCCCAUCAGGACCUCCUCAGACUGUCCCACAUGAAGCCUGCUAAUGACACCAUUGCUCUUGUUUGCAAAUACAUCACAAAAGGAUGGAAAGGGGUUGAGGAAGCGUAUGCUGAGAAAGACAAGUCUGAGGAUCUGCAGAAGGUUUUCGUGUAUCUGGAAGCUGUUGAGAAAGCCAAACACUCCACUGAUGACCAGGAGCUCAUUCAUCUGAUUGAGAAGCACAGACUGGGAAAAGAGCAGCUUCUCACCAACCAUCUCAAGUCCAAAGAGGUUUGGAAAGCAUUGCUGAAAGAAAUGCCAGUGGCAGUUUUAUUGAAGCAUUUGGGGAAGUUAACAGCGGACAAAGUUCUGAUACCAGGAAGUCCUGACGUUGCCGGUUGUGAGAGGAUUCAGACGAGACUGUUCUGAAAAAGGGCCAAAACACAGCCAUUCAACAUACUUGCAGCGUCUGAAAACUAUAGGAGAGGUCACGGGAAGCGUAGCAAGCUGAAAUGGGAGCCAGACAGAGACAUUGUUCAAGCACUAGACUGUGCGUUCUGCAAAAGCAUUUCUACUGUGGAGGCCACAGGCAAGCGUUUUUUGGUGGCUGUUGAUAUAAGUUCCUCUUUGAGCAGUGUGUGUCGCGGCAGCUCCAUCAGCACUGUGGCAGUAGCGGCGGCAGUGUGUAUGAUAAUUGCUCAAACUGAGCCAAACGCGCAGAUUGUGGUUUUCUCUGAAGGAAACAUUCUUCCCUGUACUGUCUCUUCUGAUAUGACAUUAAUGCAGGUAGCAGGACUGCUCAUCCAGACUCCUGGUGGUAGUACAGACUGUUCUUUACCCAUCACCUGGGCCUCGGAGAAUGAGAAAACUGUGGACGUCUUUAUCAUUUUAACCAAUAAUCAAACCUUUGGUAGGGAGAAUCCAGCUGACACUCUGAAGAUGUAUAGACAGAAAAGCUCUGUAUUUUCAAAACUAAUUGUCUGGGUUGAUUGCCAACAACCUGUCCAUCGCUGACCCUGAAGACUGCGGCAUGCUGGACAUCUGCGGCUUUGACUCGCAAGCAGUGGAUGUCAUCCGUAACUUUGCACUCGACAUCUUUUAAAAGCUAUUGCUUUUGUAGCAUGGGUUUUAGGUUUUCUGAAAGACAAAAAGAUACUGACGCACCGCCCAUCAACAUGCAAAAAAAGACAUUGUAAGCAGGUAAUCAUGUUGUAUGUUCCUACAUUUUGGAAUCAAGUCCAAGUCUAAUUCAAUAUCCAGCAGGCUGGAUUAAGUUGCAUUGAAAAUCAAGGGGUGCACAUUUAAGACUAUUAUGUUUACUGAGCUUCAUUCAGUAUACUGUAUAUUUUCUAACCUGGUCAAGUGAAAUGUUUGCUUCUUCCCAAAAGUGUGUAAUCGUCUUUUACAUGUUUCUUUUUGAAAAGCUCAUGCAUGUCACUGACCUUCAUCGGAAACAAUGUUAUGUAUUUUAGAGGCCUUGCUCAUUGUGUGUAAUGUUUUUGUGUAAUACGAUGUUAUGAAUUUAUUACAUAUUGAGCUGAAAGUGCACCACAGGUCCUCCACAAAGCUGAAAUGCAUUAGCAAGUUUGUCACUGAAAUUGAAAUCAAGCAAUCUGAUUCUCUCAGAAAUUGAUGUAGCCUAAACUACUAAACUCGUCUGGUUUUAAUGUUGAUAUACCUCAAGUGUUUUGUGGUCCAGUAACUUGAUAUUUGAGUGCAAAUAACCAUUUAUUAUGAUUCAAGAGAGGCUUAACUGAAUAUUUUACAGCUUACUCUCUGGCACAUUUUUGAAGUAAAAAUGCUAAUGCUAAUGGAUCUUGCUUCUAGAUUCAUUUCUGUUUAG